AUGGAUAGUGUUAUUCAGAACCUUCGAUCAAAAACUGCCGAUAAUUUUAAGCAACAGCAAACUAUGAAUUUACACGUUGUUUGUGAUGAGGCAUUGGCAUUGGUCGUGGGGGUUUGCGGGAUCCAGAUGGACGUAAUCGAGAUCGUGAACGCAAUGGUAAUCGAGGAUUACAACAACAACAGCUUCAUAAUAAUAGUGGUAGGCGUUAUUGUAGCGAUAAUCGUAAUCGCAUGCUUCGUUAUAGAGAUUAUGAUGAUGAUCGUUGAUCUCGGCGUUACGAACACCGCACGAUGA